AUGUGCAACAUAAACUGUGUUAGCACCAGCAAAUUAAUCAACAUUAUUUUAAAAAUUACAUGUUUAAGAAACUCCGAAACUGAAACUUCUCUUCAUCAUUCUCAUUUAAUAAAUUUAGGUUUCUUGAUGUCGAAACAGAAAUCAUCAAUGAAAGUUUUCAAGUUCAUGACAUCAAAUGGCGAAAUAAAUCCCAGCAUUUCACACGCUCAUAAAAAUUUCAAAUUCUUAUCUAAACAUCUACCAGUCAAUGAUUUCUGCAGACAAAAACUUCAAAGUUGA